UGGUGCACGCUGAGGCAGAGAGCAGUAGGAGGGGAGACGCAUCCGCAUCACCGAGGAGGGUGGCGCGGUGGCAUCGCCUGCUGGAAUCCAGUUGUAAAGUCCACACACGAGGCUAAGAUGCGCUGAAGGGAAACUGCCUGGAGGUCCGCUGUUAACAGAGAUCAACCCUAACGGCACCGAGACACCGGGAGAGGCAAACAAAAACAAAGAAACGCUCCGGACAAGUUGUGAUUUCAGAGGAAAUCCGACUGGAGAUGAAUACCAACGAUGCCAAGGAGUAUCUCGCACGGCGGGAGAUACCUCAACUAUUUGAGAGCCUGCUGACAGGUUUGAUGUACUACCGACCCGACGACCCCAUCGACUACUUGGAGGGCUGUCUGAAGAAAGCUAAGGAGCUCGGAGGACCAGACAAAGUGCGGUGGGAUACCUUCGUGGGCCAGGAGAAGAAGUCCCUUCCCCCCCUUAACGGCGGCCAAUCACGCAGGUCCCUCUUCAGAAAUGUGUUGCCCGACAGUCCAAACUUUCCCUACAGAAGGUAUGACCGCCUCCCUCCCAUCAGCCAGUUUUCCAUCGAGAGCGACUCGGACCUGUCGGAGACGGCGGAGCUCAUAGAGGAGUACGAGGUGUUCGAUCCAUCCAGACCGCGACCCAAAGUCAUCCUUGUCAUCGGUGGCCCUGGCAGCGGCAAAGGAACACAGAGUCUGAAGAUUGCCGAGCGCUACGGCUUCCAGUACGUGUCUGUGGGCGAACUGCUGAGGAAGAAGAUGAUCCACAACGCCACCAGCAACAGAAAGUGGAGCCUGAUCGCUAAAAUCAUCACCAACGGAGAGCUGGCACCACAGGAGACAACGAUAACCGAAAUAAAGCAGAAGAUCAUGAAGAUACCGGACGCUAGCGGCAUCGUCAUAGAUGGAUUCCCUCGAGACGUUGGACAGGCUUUGUCCUUUGAAGACCAGAUCUGCACUCCUGACCUGGUGGUGUUCCUGGCCUGCACCAACCACCGCUUGAAGGAGAGGCUGCAGAAACGAGCCGAGCAGCAGGGACGACCGGACGACAACCCCAAGGCCAUCGACCGCCGCCUGACCAACUUCAAACAGAACACCAUUCCUCUGGUCAAAUACUUCCAGGAGAGGGGCCAUAUUGUUACGCUGGAUGCUGACCGAGACGAGGAGGAGGUCUUCUGCGACAUCAGCAUGACUCUGGACAACAAACUGUUUUCCUCCAAAGAGCCGGCAGCCGGUCCCAGUGAGCUGGAUCUCAGUCUGCUGGGGGAAACCGGCAGCCUGGCAGAUGUUGCCUGCAAGUAUGAUGAGGUCGAAGAGGAGGAAGAAAUGGCCUAUGCUGAAGGAACCACAGAAAGUUAUUGUACAGAACAGAAGAAACCAAAGGUCAUCUUCAUGAUGGGUGGUCCAGGCUCAGGUAAAUCUCUGCAAUGUGAGCGGAUGGAGGAGAGGUUCGGCCUUGCGUCCACGUUCGCCCUCGGUGACCUGCUGUGUAACGAGCUGCUGUCUCACGGGGACAAGAGGGCGACACCUGCGGACGUCCUGGAGAGAGGAGAGCAGCUGCCGGAGGACACUCUGCUGGAGCUGCUGUGUGAUGCAGUGUCAGCGUCCGUCCGGCAGGGGAAAGGCAUCGUGAUCUGCGGCUUCCUCAGAGACCUGAGACGGGCGGAGGAGUACGAGGCCAAGAUGGGGGAGCCCGAUGCGGUGCUGCUGCUCAGCUGCUGCACCGACACCAUGUCCAGCCGUCUGCAGAGCCGCAGCAGAUCCACCUCUGGCAUCCCCCCCGCUGCAGACAGAGAGGGCGCCCUGCACAGGAGGGUGGAGAGCUUCUGCAGCGACAGCCAGGCGGUGGCGGAUCAUUACGAGAGCAAGAAGCUCCUGCACACGAUUGACGCUGAGAGGCCACCAGAAGACGUCUUCGCACAGAUCUGCCAGCUGAUGGAGAACUUCUGAAUUCCAUCCAUCCCCAACCUCUGCUGUCCAGGAGGUCCACCUGUGCAGGCCUUCCCCCAAUUCGCUGGAGACUCACCCACAUACCUUCACUCAGACACACACUCUCUGAACUGCAUGUGCCCCGAAGUGAAACCUCUUUCUGCUUUUCACACUGACGAAGCGCCCGGUUUCAUCACGUUCUGCUUCACCCACAUGCAUUGUCUCUCUCUUACAUUGACCUCAAUAUAUGCUGCCGACUGCCGGAGCGAGGCAGAUAACUGUACUGAAUAAAAAGCAUCGCCUGCUGUGACUGAGAGCAUGUUUCGAGUUGAAUGUGAAAGCUCGCUAACAGGAGCACAGGGUUUCCGCGGCGCUGCAGAGUGGAAGUGUCUGCGUGUUCUCAUGCUCUCAUGCACAGCAACAUACUCUGUAUCGUAACAAGCAUGCAAGAAUUACAAUCAAGCUUUUACUGCCUUUUGUGCGUCAAAUAAAAAGCAGAGAAGAAUUAUUUACGAAUGUCUUUAUGUAUCCGAGCUCAUCGUGCAGGUGCUUGUUUGAGUCUGGUAUUUAACAUUCAAUAAAGCCAGUGCAUUUGCUAAAUUAA